UGAAUGUCCUCACGACUCGGACUGACAGAGUGGAGCUCUCCGAUGCAGCCAGGGACUGGUCGGUGUCCUCGGGAGGAGUAGGAGGAGAUCAGAGCGCUCCGGCUGGAGCUCCGGGAAGAAGAAGAGGAGGAGGAGGAGGAGGUGGAGGAGGAGGGAGCGCCACGCUGAGAGAGAGCAUCCUCCCAGCCUUACAAACACACACCCUAAAGAAGAGAAAGCUACAAAAAGAAGGGUUAAACAAACUGUAAAAUAAGAUAAGGCAUCACAAAAAGUACCUUAAAGUUAAGAUAAAAUCAUCACUGGGUUCCAUAGACGUAUUUUAAGUUUAUACACACACAAACACACACACAGACACCCGGGACGCCCCAGCACGCCGCCGCAGAAUGGAUCUCCCACCAAUCAGAGGUUUAUCUGAUGUGCCGUGAGCGUUGGGAGCACCUUGCCCCAGCCCCGGCCUGCAGCCCUGGUGCUACCCAGCCUGGCUCACCAGGAUGGAUCCUGCUCAUUCCUUCAGGACAGAGCUGGACGGGCUGGACUCAGUGCUGUCGCUCGACCAGAUACGUGCCAUCCGGGCAAACAAUGACUAUGUGGAGAGGCCCGUGGCGCUGGAACUGGCAUCCCAGACCGGGAUUUUCAAUGCCCAUGAAGACCGUUACCAUCAAGGAGUAUACCCCAUCUACCCGCAGUCGUCUUUCCCCCGCAGCCAAAGUCAACAGCAGCACGCUCACCUGUCCCACCUGAGCCGUUCCAGUACCAUAAGCUCUUCCAUCUCUCGGACCAGUGCCGCCUCAGACCAGCGGCUUCUGGGUUUGACAAGAUCUCACUCUGGCCUCGGUUCCGUGGUCCGUUCUCAGCCCAAAGGAGAACUCAAGCCCGAUGCCUCCUUCGGCAAAGGCCUGACGGAUGACGAGGCUGAGCUGGGCCUUCAUUUGUACAUCUGCGAGCGGUGCGGUCGCUGUAAGUGCCAAGAGUGCUGCGCCCCCCGCCGCCUGCCUUCCUGUUGGGCCUGCGGACAGCGCUGUCUGUGCUCCGCCGAGAGCGCCGUGGAGUACGGCACCUGCUUGUGUUGCGUUAAAGGCUUGUUCUACCACUGCUCCGCCCAGGACGACGAGGAUAACUGUGCAGACCGGCCGUGCUCCUGCGGUCCGGCCCACGCCUGUGCCCGUUGGGGCACCAUGGGGCUGCUGGCGCUCUGCCUGCCCUGCCUCUGCUGCUACCCCCUAGCCAGGCUGUGCCUUGCCAUGUGCCAGUGCGCCCACGACCGCAACACGCGCCCCGGCUGCAGGUGCAGCAACACCAACACCGUGUGCCGCAAGAUCUCCGCCUCCAACCCCAACACUGGUCACCCCUCGCUCCGCAGCAAGGCCCUGGAGAAGCCCUUAUGACAGGCCUGGACAGGGGCCAGUGAAUCAGUUUCUCCUCAGCCGUCGCCAAAGCAACGCUGUCGCCAAUCAACCGUGCCACAGCCGACAUUGUGACGACAAUGCCAAUGUGUCCCACCCACCUACAUACGACAAGCCAACCAACUAACCAACCAACCAACCAACCAACCAACCAACCAACCAACGUGAAGUGUUGUUCACCUAAUGUACCUUGAAUUUACUUCAUCUCCAGCUCAGGAGGGACCAAAGCUUUACUGUGCCUGUUCUUGUGGGAGACUUCAUGCCUAAAAACUCACGCUGAAGAAGAAGAAGAAGAAGAAGAAAAAAAAGCUGUCGUGCUUUUGCUGGACUGCCCUUCAACCUUAACCAAAACAUCUAGACGGAAAUCGUCUCUCUCCACUUUCUGUGGUGUAGUCUGGACGUGUUAUAAAAUCUAUUUAUUUAUUAUUGAACCUCCUUCCUCCCCACCCUUCUGCAGAGAGAACGCACAGACGGCCGAUGGACCAAAUCAGGAAGGAAAGACGCCCGUGGCGAUGUGAAGUGGUCUAUGCCAACACAGUUUCUCUCCUCUACGAAGAGAGAAUCAGAAGAUGCAUGAGAGAUUGAGGACCACAAUGACACAAAAGGUUCACGAUGAAUGAAUGAAGAAAUAAAACAACGUUGUGCCGCGGUGCAUAUCUGACUGGGAGUCUUUUAACAAAAGCACCAAGGCAUAAAGUGAGAACAAAGACACAUCUGUAACAGUUUGACACCAAAAAAAGGGACCAUGCACUGUACGAACUGAGUGAAUUUAAAUGCUAUUAAGCUCAUUUCUAAAGGAAAAGCACUGUGAGGUAGAUGGACGACGUUUACCCCGACAGCCAAGAGCUGAAUGGGGGAUUAUUUAACCGGAGGGAGGGUGCAUCAAUUGUCAGUAGGCAGCGUGUGUGUGUGUGUGUGUGUGUGUGUGUGUGUGUGUGUGUGAGAGUGUGUGUGUGUGUGUGUGUCCUCCUACUGUGCAACAACCUGUGUAUGUAGAAGCUGUGUGUGUGUUGUUUUCUCAGCAGAAGAAGCCUCCCUUGUCUUAUUUUUAGCAGCGCUGCUUCGGUGGAGCUCUGAGGGUCUGGUCGGGUUUCCUCCCGAAGUCAGUCUGUCGCCAACCUCCCUCUCUCUGACCGACCUCCUUCUCUCCCCCCACCUCCCACCUCCAUGCUUAUAGCUCCUACCAUCCUGGAAUCAAGAGAUCUUUUCUCACUCUCAUUCAGGCAGUCAGUCAUUACCUUGAUCCAGAACACACGACACCAAUCCUGCUAUUUAACCGUUAACCAGCAAAAAAUUGUCUGAUUACUCAGUUAAACAUUUAAAAAUAUAUAUUAAAACAUUUAAAAACAAAAACUGAGCUAAACUCAGAGGAACGGCUUGUCACUAAAAUGAGAACAGCUAGUCCACCUUAAAAAGUCAGUCCACCCUGAGCUGUUUAUAAAGCAUCCCCUGCUUUAUGGUCUGUUUGACUCUAAAUGGAGCAUCAUUUACUAAAUGAACAUCAUGCUGUAUUGAAGAAGACUUGAAACUAGAGAUUGAGACCAUAAACUCAUGUUUACAAUGUUUACUGAGGGAAUAAAUCAAGAGAGAAGUAGAGUCAUUUUCUCAUAGACUUCUAUACAACCAGAGGAGUCGCCCCCUGGUGGACAGUAGAGAGAAUGCAGCUUUAAGGUAAUUCAGCAGAACCGCAGUUUGUAAUCAGCCCCUUUUGGCACUUUAACCACAGUUCCAUGCAUGAAAGGCACUAAUCCUGUCGGUUAGCGGUUAAUGAUCAGUUAGCGAGGGUCAGCAAUCGGUUAUCAAAAAAAACUGCAUUAGCAUCCCUACGUCUUAGCCACUAAGACCUAAAACAAAUCAGUAGCUGCUCCUGGUAAUGUGCAAAAGUUAGAAAAAAACCCAACAUGAUAAAGAGCUUUUAAAAAGACAGAAAGAAAUUAUAACCCAACCAUCUACAGCCAGCUGACAACACACACCCAUAUAUCCCUCCUGCCUCGUCCGUCUCUCCUCUUACGCUCAGAGGGCUAAAAGCCUCCAGAUCCUGGUCCAUAGAGAGCUGAUCAAACAGGCAAUUAGCUCCAUGAUAGCUCUUAAUGGGCCGGAGAAGAAUGGAGCGUGGGAGGGAGGGGAGGGAGGGAGGGGAGUUGUGGUGUUUGGCAGAUGGACAGCUGAUGGGGAGAGAGGGAUGCUGGGAGGAAAGAGAGGAUGUUGAUGUCACCAUUAAGUCGGAUGGAGACGAUGCAUGCAAGAAAAAAUAAACAAGUUCGCACUUCAGGUUCAAAUUUUGUGUCAAACACAAACCGAACAGUGGACGGCUCUUCUAUGAAGGAAGCGCUGAUAAAGAAACAACACACACACACGGCUUCAGGUGUGUGCGUGUGUGCGUAUGCAUGUUUAUAAGCGUGUGUGUGUGUGUGCACAUGCUGACCUGAUUGGUUAAAUGUUACUUUGCUAUAUUUUUAUAUGUAAAUAUGGGCUAUUAUGUGUAUAACUAUUUUUAUUCUGCAUAAUUUUGGUUUUAUGAAAUUGAUACUGUGGUUGUUUUACAUUAUAAUGAACAUUUACUUAUUUACUGUCCACUUGUGAUCAAUAUCAGGAACUUUUGGGGCAACUCUGACACUAAACGUUGCGUGAGCUCAGUAUCAUGGUCUGGUUUUGAACCUUUUUCAGAACAAAAACAUCUUUGGCAUCAAAGAACAAAAGUUGAGCUCUGCUCUUUCUGCACGAAACAGUUCUUCUAUCACAAUAAAGCAAUUUUAUUCAGAUAUUUUGGUUUAUUCCACACCAUACAAUCAAAAGUGAAACAAUAAGCAUGACUGUUUUAAUGAGUCAGGAUGUGUGAAUGUUGCCCCAAAUGUUUCUGUACUCACUGGUUUCACUUUGAUAGACAGGUUGGCGACUGUGGAGGACACACUCAAUUAUGAAAUGGCUGUUUUGUUUUUAAUGUUGCAACUUUCUUCACCUUUAGCGUUACUUAUGACUUUAUUAUUCUUAUUAUUUGAAAUAUUGGCAACCAAUUAUGUCCACAUUAAUGCUGAUGAAUUUGAAAACUAUUUUUCCCCACAUGUUAACAAAGUAAGCGUUUUCAACCACACAAAGCAGAAGGUAAUGUGCAGAAAACAGCUUUUCUAAAACGCUGAUGUGAGCUCGUCAUGGGAGCCUUUUUUUUUUGUUGAUAAUGCGCUGGUACAUUCUAUCCUGCAUGCAUGCUCUGUGAAUGAACAAACAACGCUUCAAAAGCAGCAGAAAAACACACUAGAGGAGGAAACAAACACAUUUCUAUUUUUGUGGUGAUUGAAAACAAUAAUGUGGACAUGAAACUCUCUUAAUGACUUUGUUUUCAAAUGCAACAGCAUUACUGUGGACAUGGGUUACACACACACACACACACACACACACACACACACACACACACACACACACACACACACACACACACACACACACACACACACACACACACACACACCGUCUCCACAUGGCUGGAUGUCAGAUCUUGGUGCUUGGGGAGAUGACUUGAGGAACAUUUAUUUGUACCUGGGUUGUAUUGAGUCAAAGCUGGUUGACGUUAUAGAGGAAACUGUUGCAUAUGUUUUAACCGAUUAUAAUUAAUCCGUGUUCAGAGUACCUUUCAAAUAUUUACAGUGACAGUUGUCCAAUCAUAGCGUCUUUAGUAUGCAAUGUUUUGUAUGUACUACAGAUACACAAAGAGCAGCACAAGCAGGUGUGGGGUACGAGGUAAAUGAACUCAAGUUUCAGUUUGCCUCGCCUUCACCUACAACAUGUCACUCAAAGAGACGCGUAUCAACCAGGAAGGCAUUAAACAAAGAGGCAAAACAAAACCAAAAUCAACUCCAAAUAUAUGCAAAACUGUUGCACAGAGACACACAGAUAUUCACAACUACUAGGCAAAGGGGUAAAAGAACCACAAAGAGAUGCAGAAUGACUACAAAUAGACACAAAACAUCUACAAAAGAGGGUAAAAAAAAUACAGACAUAGACUUACUAACAACAAACAGAUCAAAGAAACUACUAAGAUACACAGAAUGACCACAAAGAGAUGAAAAACGACCACAAAAAGACACAAAACAACUACAAAGAGAUGCAAAAUAACUGCAAAAAGAUGCAAAAUAACUGCAAAACAAUAUACAAAAAGACAAAACUAGAAAGAGAUGCAAAACAUCUACAAAAAGAAGGCAAAUUUUCUACAGACAAAAACUAAAAAAACAAAUCAGUUACAAAGAGACACAAAACAACCACAAAGAGAAACAAAACAACUGCAAAGCGACACAUAUGAUGCAUCCACAAAUAGAAGCAUAACAAAUACAAAAAUACACAAAAUUACGACGAAGAGAUACAAAACUUUUUGCAUGUCUCAGGGACUCAUCGCCUCAUAAUCCGCUCAUGUUUCCAAUUAUCCAAAUUUGUAUGUUUUGCACAUACUCAAUACUAUUUCAUACUGCAUCUAUCUGAUUUCUGUCUCUUCAGAUAUUUUGUACUAAAAUGAUGUUAUAAAGCGAAAGUAAAUGCUUUCUUAUCUACGGGACAAAAUCCAAAAUAAUAAAAAAUCUAAUUUAUGGUUUAAAACUUUUAGGGUGCUGAUGAGGGAGCGAGCUAGAUAGAUGAUGACAGGAGAAAGUAGCAUUUAGCAUUAAAACAAUUAAAGGAAAACAUCAUGGAUCUUGUAAAGAUUUAAGGGUGAAAUCAGACUUUUGAGACUUUUUUGAGUUGUUUUUAAUCUCUUGGUAAAGUCAAACUCAUUCCAUUCAUCAGUGCUGUGCUGCUUCAAUACCUCACUCCUGCUGACUCUGCUGUGUAUUUGUAUGUACAAUAAAGCGUUCACAUACGUAGAUAUUUUAAUCCAAAGAUCUCCCAAACAUUCCCAAACGUUUCCGUCACUCCUCCCUCAGAAGCGGCGCUCACGUCUGACGCUGUACGUACGCAGGCUGCCUCUAUAACCACUCAACUCCUCCUCUCGUGUCUUAGCAAGCAUCGCUUUUGGUACAAAUUGGCAUCUUGUAUGUUGUAAAAGAAUUUAAGGAGAGUAUAUGGAACAAAUAUAUAUAGAAAUCUAUCUAAAAUGAAUAUAUUAUAUAUGGAACAAUAUGCAUUUCACACUUUUCUGUUUUCAUUGCUGACAUGCUUCAUGGGUAUUUAUUUAAAGGGUUGCAACAAUGGCGCUAAAACAAUAAUCCCGAAGGAUGGUGUUGAUGAGUGAAGUAUUUAUUUUACAGGUCAGAGGAGAUGUUGUUGUUUGUCUUUUGAUUUGGUUUGUUUGUUCCUCUCGGUGUGGCGUGGCUGCUGCUACCCUCCUGGCUAAAGAUGAACCAAUAAAAAGGAAAAGUUUCCAAACAGA